CAGGAAGUGUGUCCCAUCACAACCGGAGGCGGAGGAGUCGACAGUUCAUUCUAGCUAGAAAGUAAACAACUCACGUUAGUUAAACACACACACAGCUAAGGACAUGAACUGAUCGUAAACUGUGUAUCACGAAGAUUGAAUCGCGAUUUAAACAGCGGGGACUGUAAUGCCUGCUGGUCAGGACUGUAACCAUGCCCAUGUUACCUGUAGUGCCUGAAGUCCAGAGUCAUGUGCUGGCUGAGUUUGACUGUCUGGACCCCCUGCUCUCUGCACUCCGCCUGGACUCUGGCAGGCUUAAGUGCACCUGCCUGGCUGUAUCGAGGAAGUGGCUAGCUUUGGGAACGUCAGCUGGAGGGCUGCACCUCAUCCAGAGGGAAGGAUGGAAGCAGAGGCUCAUCCUCACACACAAGGAGGGAUCUAUCACUCAGGUGUCGUGUUGUCCACACGAUGAAGACUUUAUUGCUGUGGCAACAAGUCAGGGCCUGGUGGUAGUGUGGGAGCUUCAACUUGAGCGUCGUGGCAGACCAGAGAGGGUCAGUGUUUCCUGGGAACACCGUGGCCAGACGCUCACCUCUCUCUGCUGGGACACCGCAGCCCUCAGGGUGUUUGCUGGGGACAAAGGGGGCAAGGUGUCCUUCCUCCGCGCUGGAUCCUCCAAACUCGGAAAGGGCUCAGCGUUUGUGAUCUUCCCCGUCCAGACCAUCACUACUGUGGAUUCCAGGGUGGUUCAGCUGGGUUAUCUGGACGGACGACUGCUUGUGUCCUCUCUCAGCCGCUGCUACCUCUGUGACACGGAGAGGGAGAAGUUCUGGCGUGUCGGUAACAAGGAGCGUGACGGGGAAUACGGAGCGUGUUUCUUCCCUCUGAGCCGCGGCGUGACCGCUGGCCAACCUCCUCUGCUGUACUGUGCCAGGCCUGGGUCUAGAGUCUGGGAGGCCAGCUUCAGUGGAGAUGUCCUCAGCACGCACCAGUUUAAACAGCUGCUGGCCGUACCACCUGCACCUCUCAUCAGCUACAGAAGUGAGCCCCAUUACAACCGAGCCCAGAAGAGUUCCCAGUCCAUAGCCUUCCCCAGACUGUUAUACUUUGGGGAUCAGAACCUGCUGACGUGGACAGACUCGGCUAUCUAUGUCUUCACUCCUCAGAGUGGCCAGGUACUGCUGUGGACCGAGGUCAAAGACGUGGUUGAGAUAGCGGUGUACCGCAACGAGCUGUUCUGUCUCCAUGGUGACGGCCGCAUGUCCCACCUCUCGCUGUUGUCUGUGGAGCGGUGUGUCGACAGGUUGCUACGCAGGGAGGCGUGGUCUCUAGCGGCCACGGUCUGUGUGAUGUUUCAGCAUGCUAUCGCCCCCAGCAGGGCCAGGAAGUCGAUUCCCAUCGACCGACUGGAUCACCUGAGGUCACAGCUCAGUGUGACCACCCACCUGGAUCUGAUUGGCCAGCUGGAGGAAGUGGUCGCCAAGCUGGAGCCUCUAGACUCCGCCUCCAGCAGUCGCAGGAGCAGCAUCUCCUCUCAUGAGAGCUUCAACGUCCUGGACUGUGGCAUCUACCGUGUCAUUAGCCGGCGAGGCAGCCAAUCAGACGAGGAGACCAGCUCCCUGGUCAGUCAAUCGAUGCUUGAGGAGGAGCGGCUGAAGGAGUUUAGCUUUGUUCAGGAGGAGGAGGAGCAGCAGGGGGCGGAGCAUGAUCCCCAGAGCGGUGGUGGUUUGGAGGUUACUGAACCCAGCGGUAACCACCAGUUCCACCUCCCCAUGUCAUUCCGCCCCAAACACUCCCGCAUCGCCCUGCAGGCCGUCAGAGACAGUGUCUCCAGUUUUGUGAAGAAGACUACUGAGAAGAUCAACACUCUCCAGAUGAACUCUGACCUCUGGCCACGUCCCCCUGACCCUAAGGACGGGGGUCAAGGACAUGUGGAGGCCGUAGCUACCACUGUACCGUUCCCAGAGGACGGUGACCACGAGGAGUGUCUGGACCCAGGAAAUGCAGAGACUGAUCAACAGGACCUGAUAACGGCUACAGAGAAAGGAAUCUCUCAGAUCCAGGAUCCCUUGGUUCUGUUGGACCCAGCCUGUCUCAAAGAAACUCUACAGGAGUGGAUCCCUGUGUUGGAGAGGGUUCUAGGUCCUGAGCUGGAUCUAGGUCUGGGAAUGCAGAGUCCAGCUGGUGAGGAGGAGGAGACGGAAGAUGCUGCAGACAACCGUCCAGAGAACGUUCAGUCUGAGAUCCCCUCGAGCUCUCCUGAGGGCCAGGAGGAAGGGAAGAGAGGAGAGGAUUCCCCACAACAAAAUGGAGGACAAGAGGACCAGAGGGAGGUUCAGGCCCAUCACAGACCUGACGAGGCCUCCACUGAAGAGAACCUGAGGGUGUGGUCCCCCAAACCUCUCCCCCCAGACCUCCAGGCUCACCUUACCCAGCUGGCCACUCUGUACCUGGAGCUGGGUUAUUUUGGGGACCCUGUUGUCCAGAAAGAGAGGGGUGUAGUAGGGGUCAAUGCAUUCUUGAGACGGUUCUUCUUCCUUCUGGACCAGGAGCGGGUGAGGAGGAUGUGUCUACUCGGCUACGGGGACCAGCCUGAGGUCCACAUCUCCUUCAUGGAGGCCAUGCUAGAGCUAACCCAGUCCAGUAAGGUGGUAGAGGUGAUCCAGAAAGGAGACCUGCUCAAAUCUCUACGCUGUCUCAGAGAACUACAACCCUGGAGCGCUCCGAUGCUCCUCGCUCACCUGCACAGGUUGUAUGAGAAACAUGGAGAGUUAGCAGUUCGCUCCUUCACCCAAUUCUAUCCCACAAUCCUCCCCUCUGACGUCACAGCCAUGGCCAAACAUAGCCACUUCCUGGCUUACCUAGACAACCUUGUCCAAUCACGGGCCGAGGAACAAAGACUGUCGUUCCUUGGGUCCCUCCUCCAACCAGAGGCUCUGCGACAGGAUUGGCUGGGGCUGGCCCUUACCCACGAUGCACCUCAAAAGAGCGACACACUGACCACAGACGGACAACCGAGAUGGCACUCCCAUUUCUUCAGCUGGGGUUAUGGUCGUCUCCUAUCCCUCCUGAUACGCCUUCCAGCUGACCUGGCCUCCAAACAGAAGAUGGCUGAGACAUGCAGGAUCAACGGGUACUGGACUGGCUAUGUGUACCUGUGCUGUGAGCUCCAACGUCGUACAGAGGCUUUCUCUACCAUCUGUAGACUGGACGACAUGAGUCUGCUGGAGGAACCCAGUGGCAUGGUGCCUCAGACCAUGGAUGAGUGGAAGAUGCUUCUCCAGCUGUCUCAGCAGUGUAGUAACAGCAGACUGUCUGACCAUAUCCCAACCCCAGAUCCCAACCCCUCGGCUCCCACCCCCUCCUCGGCUCCUAACCCUUCCCUGGCUCCUAACCCUUCCCUGGCUCCUAACCCUUCCCUGGCUCCCACCCCCUCCUCGGCUCCUACCCCUUCCCUGGCUCCUACCCCUUCCCUGGCUCCUACCCCUUCCCUGGCUCCUACCCCUUCCCUGGCUCCUACCCCUUCCCUGGCUCCUACCCCUUCCCUGGCCCUAGCCUCCAACGGGACCAGCCCCAGCCUGACCAACGGUGGCUCUGCAGCUGACCAUAUCCAGACAGAGGUGACUCCAGAGAACCUGGUCUUGCGUCUGGCCCGGGCUGUGGGCCCCGACCGGGCCCUUGAGGCCCUACAGGAGGUGGGGAUGCAGUCGGACAUGGAGCUGGGGCCACACUCCACCCUGGUCUGUGAGCUGCUCCGUGUGGCUGAGAAGAGACAGAGGGCUCUGAUCCAGACCAUGCUGGAGCGCUGUGAUCGCUUCCUCUGGUCCCAGCAUGCUUAGUGAGACAACACCAACCAACGCGCCUAGCGGGUCCUCAACCAACGCCAUUCAGAACAACUAUUACGGACAACUGCUAUGGGGAGUAAUGUUAGGGUCAAUUCCAUUUCCAAUUCAGGCAGUUAAACGGAAAUUUAAUUUCCAGUUAUCCACAUUGAAAAAAGCAAUUUAAUUGACUGAAUUGAAAUGCAAUUGAUCCCAGCCCUGAUCUGAUCCAGAGCCGAUCUGAUCCGAAACAAGUUAAUUAAUGUGACCACAAUGCUUACUAACUACUUUUUAAACUGGGCCCUAAUCAUUUAUGUUGUACCGCUCAUGACUACUUUUUAAACUGGGCCAUAAUAAUUUAUGUUGCACCAUUCCGGAGUUCCAUUCCGCACCAACAUUCUAGAAUGCGACUCUGGUUGACCUGGUACUGUCAAGACAGACGACUGCAUUUAAAUUGUUAUAUUUUAUAGUUGCCAAAACCCUGCCUUACCGAAGAAAAAUGGGAUUAAUCUAUAAAUGAUCUGAAAGUAUUGUUUUUGAAUUGUGAGGUCCUCGUAUGCAUUUUCCAGCUUGAUGAUUGUAUAUCUGACUUCCUCAUUGGGUCAAACUACUGCGACAUGGUUAUAAAGCACCUGAAUUCAUCGUUUUGAAGACAUUUGUGAAAAUAUAAUUUUAUUGAAAUGCUCUAGUCUAUUAAUAUAAUAUUUAAUGUGAAUAAUAAAAUAUAUGAUGGUGAUCUGA